AUGGCGCAUGCGACAGUCCGGUCUUUACGGCCAACCUCCCUGCGUCCUCUCCGCCCUCUUCGAUAUAUCCACUCUGGCCAAUACCAACCUUUUGUACCACCUUCACCAAGCUCCCUAGGCAAACCCCAAGCAGCAAAAACAUACACCAGAACCCGCAAAUGGCUCCGACGAUUAUUCUAUACCUCCCUCGCAACGGGCAUCAUCUACGGUGUCGACAAUCAAUUCUACGCCGCCUCACUGACCCGCACCGCGCGAACAUUCUCCCUCGGUCUCAUAGUCGCACUCGACUAUAAGAUCAAUUUCCGACCACAUCCUCCCCUCGCAAGCUCUAUUGCAGCCGUGCAUGCUCGCAACGCGGAACGCUUGUCGGAUCUCCUACGUCAAAAUGGGGGUCUCUACUUGAAGAUGGGUCAGGCGAUCGCUAUGCAGUCUGCGAUCUUACCGUCGGAGUUCCAGGCUAUGUUCUCGCGAAUGUUUGAUGAUGCACCGCAGAAUGACUGGAAGGAUAUUGAGAAGGUUAUUCGGGAGGAUUUUGGAAAGUCGCCAGAAGAGGUCUUUGGCGUAUCGUUUUCGGGGGAGCCUGGGAAGGGUGUGAUGGAGCGCAAGGCUCGCGCGAGUGCUAGUGUUGCUCAAGUGCAUUGGGCUCGUCUCCCGGAUGGAAGGGAGGUGGCGAUUAAGGUCCAGAAGCGUGAGAUUGCGCAGCAGUUGGUUUGGGAUUUGUGGGCUUUCAAAGUCGUAACCUACAUAUACAGCAAGAUGUUUGAUAUCCCAUUCUACAGCUUAGUUCCUUAUAUCAGUGAGCGAUUGUCGCUGGAAACUGAUUUUGAGAAUGAAGCGACCAACGCCGAGACCAUGACUCGGCUGGUCGCUGGCGAGCCUAGACUGCGCGACCGAGUGUAUAUCCCGAAGGUCUAUCGCGAGCUGAGCUCGAGACGUGUUAUGACUGCUGAAUGGAUUGAAGGUGUGCGACUAUGGGACAAAGACUCGAUCACACGGACUUGGCGCGGUGGUUGGAGAGAGGGUAGCCCAGGGUGCCACGGCACUCCUCUGGACCGACCGAACACCACCCCUAGGCCUCAAGAUCCUCUGAAAGAGAAAAUCAAGCCUGAACGGAACUACUGGAAAGGAAAAAAUGAUCGGGGCGGGCUGGGCCUGUCUGUCAAGGACGUCAUGACGACCAUGGUCGAUCUGUUCUCCGCCCAAAUGUUCCUAUGGGGGUGGGUGCAUUGCGACCCGCACCCAGGAAACAUCUUCAUCCGUCGCAAGCCAUCUGGAAAGCCAGAGCUGGUCCUCAUUGACCAUGGCCUAUACAUCCACAUGGAUCCCGAUUUUCGGCACCAGUACGCCCGCUUCUGGAAGGCUCUCUUAACCUUUGACAACAAGACUCUUGGUGAAGUCGCUAAGGGAUGGGGUGUCAGAAACUCCGAUAUGUUUGCUUCUGUAACACUGAUGCGCCCCUACAGCGGAGGCGACUUGUCAACGCAGCGCGGGAUCCAAGGACUGAGUAAACACGAGCUCCAGGAACGGCACUAUGAAAUGCAACAGGCAGCCCGCAAGGCGAUCCGUGAAGUUCUCGGCGAUGAGCAGAAAUGGCCCAAGGAACUGAUUUUCAUUGGACGAAACCUGCGUAUUGUCCAGGCGAACAACCAAUUCCUUGGAUCUCCCGUGAACCGGCUCAAGAUCACCGCGACGUGGGCCUCGCGGGCACUUGUGGAAUCACCCGAUCUUCCUUUGUUGGAGAAAGUGCGCAACUAUGGUCAGCACCUUUUGUUCCAUUUUGUACUCUUCAGCAGUGAUGUAUUCUUCUAUUUCACUAAGGUCCGCCAGUUCCUCCAUCUGGGUGGGGGCAUGGAAGACGAUAUUGAGGCCCAAAUGCAGGGCAUGGCUAAGGAAAUGGGAGUAGAGCUAAACCACAGUGUGUUCGAGGGAUAG